AUGUUCCGCACCUUCGAAGACAAGAUUGAGGAGUGGACGACGGAUAAUGAGCUACAGGGCUUCUCAGCGGCGCUCCCGCCAGGAGCCGAGAAGCUGACCCUGAGCUUUGUUUGCCCAGACAAGUUCACAGACCAAGCCUUGAGCUACAUAGGGGCAGGCUUGCCAGGAACUUUGCAGAAGUUGGCUCUGGCUUUCGAGUUCUCGUGGACGGAGUGCAAGAUCACAUCUGAUGGCUUCGCGAAAUUAGUAGCCGGCUUGCCAAAGGGCUUGCUCUCCUUGGAUCUCAUCUUCAGAAACGAUGAACUUCCGGAUAAGGCGCUCGAGAGCCUUGCUGGUUCUCUGCCACCCGCAUUGAGUCGGGUAAUGCUGAGCUUCAAGGACAACACAGAGUUCACGGACCAAGGAUUUUGUGCGUUGCUGGACAGUUUGCCUGGCAGCCUGGUUGAACUCAUCCUCAAUUUGGAUGCAAACCCAAAGUUGACGGACAGUUCCCUGAGAGCGUUUGCUGGUUGGCUGAACAAGUCUGGCUCCGGACUGCAAAAGCUCUACUUGAUCAGCAACAGCAGCAAGUAUUCCCAGAAUGGCUUGCAGGAGCUCUGCGCUGCGUUGCCCAGCAUGAAGGAGCUGCGGUUGGAGUUUCAGUCCAGCGAGACAGAGCCUGAUCUUGGCAGCCAGUUCGUGGUGUCUCCUGACAACUUGAUCACCUUCACGGGCCCUGCAGGUGCCACGGGCGCUGCUGUGUAG